AUGCCUGACGCACCUCCAGUCAAAGCGCCCAAGAAGGGCUCAAAGAAAGCUGUCUCCAAGAGCGUCAGCAAGGCUGGCAAAAAAAGGAGAAAGUCCAGGAAGGAGAGCUACGCCAUCUACGUGUACAAAGUGAUGAAGCAGGUCCACCCCGACACCGGUAUCUCCUCCAAGGCAAUGGGCAUUAUGAACUGCUUUGUGAGCGACAUCUUUGAGCGCAUCGCCGGUGAGGCCUCUCGUCUGGCUCACUACAACAAGCGCUCCACCAUCACCUCCAGGGAGAUUCAGACCGCUGUCCGCCUGCUGCUGCCCGGAGAGCUGGCUAAACACGCUGUCUCUGAGGGCACCAAGGCUGUGACCAAGUACACCAGCUCCAAGUAAACUCUACUGCUGUCAUACCAACAACACAAAGGCUCUUUUAAGAGCCACCCACUACAUCUGAUGACAUAUUCCUGAUAUUGCUACGAGGGUCAUGUGCCUAUAUAAUCAAUGAA